AUGCACAUGUUGCAAAGGGGAAGCAUUUUCACUUGGGCCCGGGAUCACAGAGUACAUCACAAAUAUGUAGACACCACUGCUGAUCCAUAUAACAUCAAUCGUGGUUUCUUUUUUGCUCACAUAGGAUGGCUAAUGUGCAGAAAGCAUCCUGAUGUAAUUGAAAGUGGAAAAAAGCUGCCUACGGAUGACUUAAAGGCCGAUCCAAUAGUUAGAUUUAAUAGAAAGUACUAUUUCCCAAUGUGGGCGCUUUUCUGUUUCAUUCUACCAACGAUCAUUCCUAUCUAUUUCUGGGAAGAAAAAUGGGUGGAUGCUUUCUUCGUUGCUGGUGUGCUGAAGUACUUCCUCCAACUUCACAGUACUUUCUGUAUUAACAGUGUCGCUCAUAAGUUUGGAUAUCGCCCUUUUGAUAAGAAAAUAGAAGCAAAGGAAUCUUUCUUCACUGAAGCAGUUCAACCAGGCGAAGGUUCCCACAACUAUCAUCACGUAUUUCCAAGAGACUACAGAACAAAAGAACACGCAUUUACAUUCAACUCUUCCAGAGUUUUCAUCGAGUUCAUGGCAGCAAUUGGACAAGCAUACGAUUUAAAAUGGACUUCGGAUGAAUUGAUUAAAGCAAGGAAAUUGAAAGCAGCCAAUGACAACAAAAUGAAAGAGGAUGAGGCAUUCUUAUGCAAAGAAUGGUCACAGUGA